GAGGAGGGAGCGCACUGGAGCUUCAACAACAGAACACGAGGAACCAAAAUACAGAGCAGCACUGAAUCCCAUGCCUGCAUAACCACACCAACCACCACCUCCACCACCAGCAGCGCUGAACAAGCCCUUUACUACCCAACACUGCGCUCGAGAGCUUCCCAACCCAGCCAGCAGCAGCAGCUUCGAUACCUGCAGAGCACCUGAAGAUAUCCAUCAGAGCACCUGAGCAGUGGAUAAUAACCUUUAUAGCGAUUAUUGGACGCAUAUCAGCGCCUUUUAUCGCGCAGCCAGCUGGAGGUUCAGAGAGAGGCUGCACCCCUCCCCAAGAGGCUGACAAGCUGAGACAGACUGAGUGACCUACAUCCUGCAGUACGCCUGGAGCGCUGGGGCACAUCUCUGACAGCUUGACACAAGAUUCGCUGAAAAAAAGGAAAAACAACCGAAAACAAACAAAGACAAGGGGGCCGGGAGGCUCGGAGCUAAUUGUGUCACAUUCUCCAGACGUCAAGCAUUUUUUGACGUUUUUGCUUUGUCCCACUUGCUGAGCAUUGGCCUGCUUGGUCUCAGUUUGCGAGGAGUGGAACGAGGCUGUCCACUCCAUUGAGGACCUCGGGCGAUAAUUAAAUGCAGGGAACUGACACAGAGGCUCACCUCUUCUUAAUCUUUUUAGCCAAUCUGGACACUUGAAAGACAACGAACAGCCUUCUUCAGGAAACCAAUGAGGUUCACCCUUCCAGAGGCUAAAACACCUCAUGAAGUUUUCGCCGAUCCAGCGACCUAGUCAUUCUCAAGGCUCUUAAAAAGAAGGAGAUCUUACAGUCAGUCUGUCAGUGAGUCCUGUAUUGUUUCUACUGGUGGAAAACGCAAAAGCUUCCAAACUGGAUCCAUCUGAGGAACAAUGGAAAGCUUAACCUCGCCAAUCCCAACCAACUGUAGUACAAACGAAAACCUAGACAACUUGGAAACCUUCUCAGGCUACAACAACCCAGUCCCUUCACCAGAGGAUCACUCUCGCCCCGCCCGCGGUUCAUCCAAAUCAUCCAAGCAGAACAUGACGUGCAGACGCAAGCGUGAGUUCAUUUCUGACGAGAAGAAGGACGCUUCCUACUGGGAGAAGCGUCGCAAGAACAACGAAGCAGCGAAGCGCUCCCGGGAGAAGCGGCGCCUCAACGACAUGGUCCUGGAGAACAGGGUCAUUGCACUGAAUGACGAGAACGUGCGCCUAAAAACAGAACUCUUGCAGCUCAAACUUCGCUUUGGGCUCAUCAGUGCAGCCUCCUACAUGGAAAAGAGUCAGCAGAUCGGAGGAUCCGUCAGUGGAUCCUCUGGAGGCUCCUCUAGUUCCUCCAGUCACUUUUAUACCAGUGGCUACUCAAGCAGUUCUCAAGUGAUGAUGAACUCUGAUUCUUCAGAGACCGAACUGUCUGGCCGAGGGGAUGAACGUGCCCAGUUGGCGAAGUACUCUCCAAGAGGGUCUCUUUCGGAUAUGUCUGACAGCUCCUCCCGUGACAGUCCAGAGCCAAUGAGUUAUGACAUCAAGCAAGAAGGAGCAGGGCUGGAGAUGGAAAUUGCGAACGGCACCACUACACAAGUCAUGUUCAACGUCCAUCGGGAGUUACCCACACAGCACCACCAGCAUAACUUUCAGACGGGAUACCACAACCACCAACACCAGCAGAGGCGGCAACAAGAGGCGAUGAUCAGUGCCGUUGCACCUCCAGUCCAGACUGCUCAGAGGAGCGUCAUCCUGUAUCGGUCCAGCAGCAUCUCAUAUCCUGUGGAGAGUUCAAGACCUCAGGAAAUGACUCAACACAAACUGCCGCAGUCUACCGAAGGAUCAAGCAGAAGCACUGAAAGCCUUGCAGAGGUGACCAAACAGCUUGAGAGGAAGACCUUAAACUCUCCCCAUCAUGAGUACUCAGAUGGAGAAGUGACAGAAAGACAAGCCUACAUGGUCCACCACCAGCGACUUUCCCUUGACUCCCAGAAAGAAGGUGACAACAUGGCACCAGACCUUCUCCACAGGCAAGAGGAUGAGGGCGACGAGGCACAGCUCUACCAGCAGCAUCUCUCCUUUCACAGCCCACAAGAUGAAGAGCCUCCGGUGUUGACCUACGAAGGAGGUCCCAGAAAGGAAGGGUAUUAUCAAGGCCACUCUGGAAAGGACACCUCCUCAAGCGAGGGCGAUCCCCGCAGCUCUGACAAAGACGCAUCCACUGAUGACGAGUGCCCAUCUUCGUCAAGUUCCGACACUGGUAGCUACCACCAGCAAUCUCCUCUGGCGGAAGGGCCAAACUCCUCUCCGAACAGCCAAAGCAGAGACGGACAUGCGGAGGUUAAAGGCACGGCACUGCCGCACAAACUGCGCCUCAAGCACAGAGCCUUGAGUAACGGUGGUGCGACAAGUCAAGAAUCGUUAACUGGUCACCCGUUACCGCAGCAUCCUUACCUGGCGUUGGCUCAGACAAGCCACCAGCUUCAGAUUGGUACGGAGAGGGAGCUUCAGUCGGCAGAAUUCUGCCAGCAGGCCAGCCCAACAGAGGAUAGAAGUAUUUACUGCGGGAAGAAAGACCUUGGAGUGCGCAGUAGUCAGAAUAAGAGGCACGACUAAGCGCAAAGGACUUUAUGGGAACUGCUGUUAUGAGUGGUCGUUCCUAAUGGAUUGGGUUGUUACAAUGCCUUGAGAGUCUAUAUCAACUCCCACCCCCCACCCUCACCUCGUUUCCAACCCCUCGUUCCCAGUUCCAGGUCUGGCAUUAUCCUUUUAGACUCCUGUGGAAGACAGAGACAUGAACAGACUGUGGACAGUGUCAGACAUUGGACAAUGUCAAUACCGAAAGAAGGCCAGAACUUCUGGAUGCACUGUAUUAUACUGUAAGGACUAUCAACGGACUGCUCUUAUCGCAUCUGCUCCCAUACUGUAACAGUAGCAACGAAUGGACUGUCCACAUUUGUCCCACAUUCAAACAAAUAACAUGCAGCAAACAAGGCAAUAUCAAUCGAUAACGCAAGGCAUUCUGCAACCCACACUUAGUAACUGUAAAUAUAUCAGAACUUUUAAGUGCCCCCUUAUGAUUGGCGUCCAUUUUUUUUUUUUUUUACUUUCUAAACGCCAAAUCAGAAUCUCUGUGUGUGUGUUUGUGGCUGUUCACCACAAAAUAUACCAAACACCUAAGGAUUCUG